AUGGCUGCCAUUUUCCGCACUAUCUAUGACUGGCUCCUGAGGGUAUUCUGGGCCACGGAGAUGGAUGUCACCAUGAUCGGCCUCCAGAAUGCCGGCAAGUCCUCCCUGCUGCGUGUAUUGGCGGGUGGCGAGUUCACUGUCGACUCGAUCCCAACAAUCGGCUUCAACACGAAAAGAGUCCAAAAGGGCCAUGUGACCCUGAAAUGCUGGGAUCUCGGUGGCCAGCCCCGGUUCAGGCCGAUGUGGGAACGGUAUUGCCGAGGCGUCAACGCGAUCGUGUACAUCGUGGACGCAGCAGACCGAGCCGCACUACCUGUAGCGACAGAAGAGCUGCACGACCUAAUGAAGAAGCCCACGCUGGACAGUAUCCCGCUACUAGUCCUCGGGAACAAGUCCGAUCUCCCGGAUAAGUUAUCCGUGGAUGAGCUGAUUGAAGCGAUGGACCUGAAAUCAGUCACUCAUCGCGAAGUAAGCUGCUAUGGAAUUAGUGCCAAGGAAGAGACCAAUCUUGAUGCUGUUCUGCAUUGGUUGAUUCAUCGGGCUAGUCGAUGA